ACGCCGUUUGCCCCCUCUCGGCUCCCGUAGCGGCCGGUUGCGGCGCGGCCGGUGGCGGCCAUGGCGCAGCCCGGUGGGAGCCGCCCCGUCACCGUCAGCGACGUGCAGCAGCUGGUGAAGAGGAAGGACGAGAUCGAGGCGCAGAUCAAGGCCUGCUACGAGCUGCUGGAGGGCCAAAAGGGCGUCGGGAUGAACGAGCCGCUGGUUGACGCGGAGGGGUUUCCCCGUGACGACAUCGAUCUCUACCAAGUGCGCACCGCCCGGCAUAACAUCAUCUGUUUGCAGAACGAUCACAAGGCCCUGAUGAAGCAGGUAGAGGAAGCUCUUCACCAGUUGCACGCCCGGGAGAAGGAGAAGCAUGCCAGGGAUGAGGCGGAGGCGUUGGCUGAGGCAAUGAGCCAGAACCAGAGCCUGCCACAGGCUUUUGCUAAAGUGAACGCGGUGACUCCGGGAUCUCCAGCAAGUAUCUCGGGACUUCAGGUCGAUGAUGAGAUUGUGGAGUUUGGUUCUGUUAAUGUAAACAACUUCCAGAACCUGCAGAACAUCGCCACAGUAGUGCAGCACAGCGAAGGGAGACCCCUGAGUGUGACUGUCAUCCGCAGCGGCAAAAAAGUGCAUGUGGGGCUGACUCCAAAGCGCUGGGCUGGGAAGGGCCUCUUGGGCUGCAAUAUUGUUCCCUUGCAAAGAUGACCAUUGCUUGGAAAACAAUAAAGCUGAAGCUUGUGCCUGCUUUCUGGACUCUGAUCUGGUUUGAAAACUUCCUACAUGUUUUUGCUGAAACAAAUGUUUUAGAGGCUGUGACCUCCAGGUGUCUGACUUGCAGAGUCUGAAGAGGUUCUGAUAGGGCAGAGCCUGCCUGCAAUUCAGAAUUGCACUGGUUCAUCAGGAGCAGCUUGCAGAUUUGCAAGAUGUGGCUUUUCAUCUCUUACACCUUGUAUCAAUUUGGAAUGAGACUAUAGAGUCCCAAACUUCACUUGAUACAGGCUCUAAAAAGCAUGAAAUACUCUUACUUGGUGAUAACAGCAUUCCUUUUUUUCCCCUGUAAAAUUCCUCACUGAACACUUUGUAAUAUAUGCUAAAAAGUCCCGGAGCACUUUUUGGUGUCUAUAAUAGAUGACAGUCAAGAAAUAGGCAGGUUUGAUACUUUAUCUUCCCCAUGUUACCACAACUUUUGAAGUCACUAAAGACAAUGAAAGAAUUUUUGGAAUGCCUAAUUAUUUUAAGUUAAUGAGAUAAGGAAUAGGGGUUUUAAUUCUACUUUGAUUUACUUUUAGUAGUUUGUGUAGUCAUGAUAAAAGUACUCCUAAUCUGGCUUCUCUUUUUUUUUUUUUAAUAUAUUUUUUUUAAUUUGUUUAUUUGUGGUAGUUGGUUUAGUGUGUGUAAACUCUUUGAGGGGAUUUUGGGUAUGAUUGGUUUGGUUUAAGCUUGUUUCCAGUUCAUCUUCAGAAUACUCUCCCAAAACAAUAAAACUGACUAAUGCCUCUCUC